GCGUGGGAGGGUCCGGACGCCCCGCGGGCCCCUCCUCCCCGGAAGUGACGGCCGAGUGUCAACAUGCAAGAUGGCAGCUCAUCACAGGCCCAACACGGCGGGGCGACGGAAAGUGCAGGUCUCCUACGUGAUUCGUGAUGAAGUCGAGAAGUAUAAUCGGAAUGGCGUCAAUGCCCUUCAGCUGGACCCAGCGCUGAACAGACUCUUCACUGCCGGCCGAGACUCCAUCAUCAGGAUAUGGAGCGUCAAUCAGCACAAGCAAGAUCCCUAUAUCGCUUCCAUGGAACACCACACCGACUGGGUCAACGACAUUGUCCUGUGCUGCAAUGGGAAAACGUUGAUCUCGGCCUCGGCUGACACCACGGUUAAAGUGUGGAAUGCCCACAAGGGAUUUUGCAUGUCGACCUUGAGAACCCACAAGGAUUAUGUGAAGGCCCUGGCGUAUGCCAGGGACAAAGAACUGGUGGCAUCAGCCGGUCUGGAUCGACAGAUAUUCCUUUGGGAUGUCAACACGCUCACCGCUCUGACCGCCUCCAACAACACCGUCACAACAUCUUCCCUGAGUGGGAACAAAGACUCCAUUUAUAGCCUGGCCAUGAACCAGCUGGGGACCAUCAUUGUAUCGGGCUCCACGGAAAAGGUGUUGCGGGUCUGGGAUCCAAGGACUUGUGCCAAGUUGAUGAAACUGAAAGGUCACACGGAUAACGUCAAAGCUUUGCUUCUGAACAGAGAUGGGACUCAGUGCCUGUCGGGCAGCUCUGACGGGACCAUCCGCCUGUGGUCCUUGGGCCAGCAGCGCUGCAUUGCCACCUAUCGUGUCCACGACGAAGGCGUGUGGGCCCUGCAGGCCAACGAAGCCUUCACCCACGUCUACUCGGGCGGCCGUGACCGGAAGGUUUACUGCACGGACCUGAGGAACCCAGACAUCCGGGUGCUCGUCUGUGAGGAGAAGGCACCGGUGCUCAAGAUGGAACUCGACAGGUCGGCGGACCCUCCUCCUGCUCUCUGGGUGGCCACUACUAAGUCUUCUGUUAAUAAGUGGACCCUGAAGGGGGUUCACAAUUUCCGAGCAUCUGGAGAUUAUGACAACGACUGCUCCAAUCCCAUCACGCCCUUGGGCUCGCAGCCUGACCAAGUGAUUAAAGGCGGGGCCAGCAUCACUCAGUACCACAUCCUCAACGACAAGAGGCACAUCCUAACCAAAGACACCAACCACAAUGCCGCUUAUUGGGAUGUCCUGAAGGCAUGUAAAGUCGAAGACCUCGGCAAAGUGGACUUUGAGGAAGAAAUUAAGAAGAGAUUUAAGAUGGUGUAUGUGCCCAAUUGGUUCUCGGUGGACUUAAAAACGGGGAUGCUGACCGUCACCCUCGACGAGACCGACUGCUUUGCCGCCUGGGUUUCCGCCAAAGAUGCUGGCUUCAGCAGUCCCGACGGGUCAGAUCCAAAAUUGAACCUCGGCGGGCUCCUGCUCCAAGCUCUCCUGGAAUACUGGCCCAGGACACACAUCAACCCCAUGGAGGAAGAGGAGAAUGAAGCUGGCCACGUGAACGGCGAGCAGGAGAGCAGGGUCCAGAGGGGCAACGGCUACUUCCAGGUGCCCCCACAUACACCAGUCAUCUUUGGGGAAGCCGGAGGACGCACACUAUUCAGGCUGCUGUGCAGGGAUUCUGGGGGCGAGACCGAGUCGAUGCUUCUCAACGAGACAGUGCCACAGUGGGUGAUCGACAUCACCGUGGAUAAAAACAUGCCCAAAUUCAACAAGAUCCCCUUCUACCUCCAACCACACUCAUCGUCGGGGGCCAAGACGCUGAAGAAAGACCGCCUGUCAGCCAGUGACAUGCUGCAGGUAAGGAAGGUGAUGGAGCACGUGUAUGAGAAAAUCAUCACCCUGGACAACGACUCACAGACCACCAGCUCCUCCAACAAUGAGAAGCCCGGGGAGCAAGAGAAGGACGAGGACAUCUCGGGGUUGGCAGAAGAGAAAAUCGAACUUCUGUGCCAGGACCAGGUUUUGGACCCAAACAUGGACCUGCGGACGGUCAAACAUUUCAUCUGGAAGAGCGGCGGCGACCUGACCCUUCACUACCGCCAGAAGUCCACGUGAGCGGCCAGGUGGAUAGUGGGUGGGUGGGGGGAUCCGGCAUCCCUUUGCCCGGCGUGGCCACGAGUGGAGGGUGGACCGGAUGGACGUCCAGACAGAAAGAAGGUGGGCGACUCCCCGGUACAGCAACCGCGAGCCUCUGAACCUUAGAACUGAACUCUGGGGCCGAGUGCCCAGGCAGCUAGGCCAGGUUGGCCAGGGCUCCACCAUCGGCCCCCAGCCACCACCACCACGGGCCCCUGGCCACCUCCUCUGUGUUCCAAGAGAUUCUUCCCUUCAUCUGCUCCCCCAGGGCAUGAAACGCUGCUGCGUCUCUCUCCCCUGGGCCCUGGUGAGCGUAACCCUGGCCCGACCCUGUCCCCAACCCCACCGAGCCCCGAAUGUAACUCAGCCCCCGCCCCCGCCCCGCCCCCCCGAUCUCUUCCCACCUUGCCGGUGUAGCUCAGCCUGGCCCUAGACAGAACUCAACCCACCCACAAGGGAGCUUUUCUAGAGAAAACAUUCCGUGCCCGCAGUCCUGCCCCCCCACAGCUUUUCGGAGCAGGCAGAAAGGCGCCACUGGCACCGUGAGCUGCCCGGGCAAUCCAAACUGCAGUUUACAUACAGCCAUCCCUAUGGGCCCUUGUGGGAACCUCACCAGAGAGCUGGGGGAGUCAGCGGCUGGUCCCACAGCAGAGCCGGGCUCUGCCAGCCCUAGAGGACGGCAGCACUCCCUGGCUCCCCCCGCGCUGCCUAGGCACAUGGACUACCAUACCGGGCAUGCUGAAGCCCCCUGCCCCCGGGCCAGAUGUCCUGGUCUACAAUGGCAGCGGACGAAGGUGUUGCAUCCCCGGCUUGCCGCUCCUGACCCAGGACAAGCUGUGCUUGCUGCCGCCUCAUCAGAUGGUGAGAGCUGGAUCUGGGUCUCGUCGUUUCCUGUUCUAAUACCCUCAGACUUCCUCGCCGGCCACGCCCCACAGACAGCAAAAAGUUUUAACCAGUGGCAGAAGAAACUACCCACUGCCUGGCCUGCCCCUGGGCCCACGGGACUAGUACCACUAGACUGCAGCCUGAGGGCCGGCAGGCAACUGUUCACAAGGCCAGAGAAGGGGGCCCCCAGAUUUGCCAGCGGCCACCCGGGGGCAAAUCCGUUAACCUCAGAGAUCCAGGUGGUCUCGCUGCAUCCGGACAUCCUGGUCUGGGCAGCGUUGGGGGGAAGCAGGAACUCUCACUCCCAGCAGGCUGCCUCAUAACCAGUCUGUCCUGGGCCUGUACUUCCCUCUCCAGCCAUCUGGUCAUCCGGGUGUAGGUGUGCACAGCCCUCCGUUUCAAAAGAAGCUGCUGCCCACUUCCCUGGGGGGACUUUCCUAGAUGGCAGGAGUUCUUGCCAUCUCUCCUUCCACCUGAGAAAUCCUUUGAUUUUUGGUCCAUCUCACGGAGGGAGGGAGGGUCAGCGGGUUGCUAGUAGCUGGUCUGUGUUUUACAGGUGUCUGGAAUAAAGGCUUUAGUUCCACUGUUUCACACAGCA